UUCUUAUACACCCUUCUUAAGUUUCAUUAUUCUAUCAUCAACCUCCUCAUAACUCUCUCCAAAAACACAUUUUUCUCUCUCAAACACAUUCAUUGAGAGCUUCAAAAAGUGUCCAUCAUUAAGCAAUUGAUUUUUAGCCAUGGCUUCCUUUUGGUCAUUCUCAGCAAUAUUCAUUGCUUUAAUGAUAUCAUGCAGUUGUUCAUUGGCUUCUGCCAAAAACAUGCAUGUUUCUGCUAUCUCAGCUUCACCAACUAUAUUACCAGAAGCCCCUCUCUUUUCUCCUACACUGUCACCAGAUAUGGAGCCACUGUUUCCUUCUCCUGGACGAGCUGCUUUUUCUCCGUCCGAUUCUUCAUUACCAACGAUUCCUUCAAGUCCUAGCCCUCCAAAUCCAGAUAUCUCAACUCAUCAAGGGCCUGGUUCCGCUUUUCCACCGUCCGAGUCUGAGUCUAUCUCGCCGGCUUUAGCUCCUUCUUCUCAUGGUGCAUCUCUCCCAAUAUUUUCAAUUUCACACCUUGCUGUAAUCUUAAUUUGCAUAAUUCAGCUACAUGGCAUGUGAGUACAUGUUGAUGUUUAUUUCUGUUUAUGUUCCAAAAGCAUGUAUUACUAUUAUUCCAAAAAUCUAAGACUAGCUAGUGAACAUUUCAAGUAUCUGUCUAAUGAGUAAUUUGAAUGUAGAAACAAUAAAUGAGGAGAUUUUUUGUCA